AUGACUCAGGAGAAAAAUGUCACUGAGCAACAUAAGAAACCAUCUGCAUUGUCGCAGAUGAUAACGGUUAAAAACAUAUGCAGCUUGUCUACUGAACGACAUAAGCGAGAAAUUUAUAAAGCUGUAUAUGACGAAGACGGAAGACCAGUGCUACAUAAGCAGCCAACUUGUAAAAACAAAGAACUAACGACCGCUUUGGAGCCAAUUUCGAGACAAACAGAAGAGUUCCAGGAAUUUAUGCCAGUGGAAGCUUUCGAGAAAAAGGGAGAAAAGGAUGGAAUUAAUUUUGAUAUUGUAAUGCAGUUAGAAAUGGAAGAAGGCAAACAAAUCAAAGUAAAGUGCUCAAAAGGCGAAGUGGAGCAAAUAGAGAAGAUUCCAAAUGAAGGAAUAGAAUCUAUAAAAGCAGAGAAAACAGAAGUUUCCAGGACACCACACGAAUGCAGUGAGAAAAUGGAUAAAAAGCAUGAACAGACAUCAGACUAUCUCGAAUUAACGAUUAAAAUGGAUGAAUGGGACACUAAAAGUGUGGUAAUCGUAAUGAAGGGACUUCAUAAAUUGGAAGAGUUUCCCGCACUUCAUAAAAAAUGGUCAGAAAUGGAAAAAUCAGUACAGGAAGUUUUAAUAUCUGCUGUAGAAAAACCUAUGAUUGAAGAAUUCUUAGAGCAAAUUGAAUUUACAGGAAAAAGUGAACAGUAUGGAACGAAUGAGAAUUAUUCGCAAGACACUAAGAUUGAUGCAACAAAAAAGAGCACGGUUUCCUGGAAGUUGACAAACAGUAUGGAGAAAAAAGAUGAUACAAAUCAAUAUUUCCACCUUAAUCGUCCAAGUAAAAAUCAGAUGUGGCCUAAGGAAAGGAAAGGAGGUGCUAGUGGUGCUGAAGAAUCAAAUUCCGAUGACAAAUAUUUAUUAGCAGCAUAA